GGGUUUGCGGAGCGCCCCGCUCUGCCCUGCCCUGGAGGCGCUGGGGGCCCGCUGCGGGGCGGCGGCGCACGGGGCCGGUCCCGGGCGGACGGAGUCAGGAGCCCCGCAGCUCCCGGCCUGGCCGGGAUGGCCGGGUGGGGGGAGUCGGGGACGCGCAGCUCUCGGGAGGCUAUUCCUGGCGGCGGCCCCCGCCCGCGGCAGGGGGCUGCGGGGAGGUGACAGGUGGCAGCCGGAGACUAUAAAAAUUCCCGAGCCUCCAGCGACUCACAGACCCGGUCCCUUCCCGCGGAGCCCCCCUGAUCCGGAGCAGAGACCCUGUCCCAGCCGGAUUGGAGCCCCCCAGAUCCGGAGCAAAGAGACACGGUCCCAUCCGGAGCGGAGCCCCCCAGAUCCGGAGCAGAGAGACCCGGUCCCAUCCGGAGCGGUGCCCCCAGAUCCGGAUCAAAGACCCGGUCCCAUCCGGAGCGGUGCCCCCAGUUCCGGAGCAAAGACCCGGUCCCAUCCGGAGCGGUGCCCCCCAGAUCCGGAGCAGAAACACGGUCCCAUCCGGAGCAGAGCCCUCCUCCCCCUAGAGCGGAGCCCCCAGACCUUGCAGUCAUGCCCGGCAAAGAACCAGACGGAGACCCAGAGCUGGCCCAGGCGACCCCAGCAGCCGAACCGGCGGAAGCCCGGGCAGCAGAAGCGGUUCCAGCCUCGCCAGCAGAGGGCGCCCUGCAGCCUGAGCCCCAGCACCCGGCCGCUGCUCCGGAGCGCGGGGAGCCUAAAGCAGAGCCGCCCAGCUGCCCAUUGCACCUGGCAGUGGGGGACGUGAAUGAUAACUCGGUGUCCCUGACAUGGAAGGCCCCAGAGCAGGCGAGCUCCGCUGGCCUGGAUGGAUACCUGGUGGAGUGCUGCAAAGAUGGAACUGCAGACUGGGUAGCUGCUAAUAAAGAACUCUUUCUUUCUACCCGGUACACAAUCCGCAACCUGACAUCAGGAGAUAGACUUCAGAUUCGUGUGAAGGCAGUGAAUGCUGGGGGCAUGAGUGUUCCAGCUGUCUUGGAGCAGCCUGUUGUCAUCAGAGAGAUACUCGAGCAUCCGAAGAUCCGAGUGCCGCGCCACCUGCGGCAGACGUACAUCCGGCCCGCUGGGGAGGCGGUAAACCUGCUAAUCCCUUUCCAGGGAAAGCCGAGGCCCCAGGUGAGCUGGAGCAAAGACGGCCAGCCUCUGGAUCCCAAGAGGGUGACUGUGCGCAGUGGUGACAGGGACACCAUUUUCUUCAUUCGCAAGGCAGAGCGCAGUGACUCUGGCCAGUACCAGCUGAGCGUCAAGAUAGACAGGCUGGAGGACAAAGCUACCAUUGACAUCCGCGUGAUCGAGCAACCGGGCCCUCCAGAGAACCUGAAGCUGGUUGACGUGUGGGGGUUUAAUGUGGCGCUGGAGUGGAGCCCGCCGAAGGACAAUGGGAACGCAGCACUCAAAGGGUACAUGGUCCAGAAAUCGGACAGGAAGAGUGGGCAAUGGUUCACCGUGCUGGAGCGCUGCCCCCGGCCCAGCUGCACCGUCUCCGACCUCAUCAUCGGCAACAGCUACUCCUUCCGGGUGUUCUCGGAGAACGCCUGCGGGCACAGUGCCACAGCGGCCUUCACCACGGAGCUGGCCCACAUCCGGAAACCAGAAAUUGCUUACAAGCCCGAGAAGUACUCGGGCUGGGACUUCUCCGAACCUCCCAAAUUCACCCAGCCCUUGGCGGACAGGUCUACCACCAGAGGCUACAACACCCAGCUCUUCUGCUGCGUCCGGGCCUUCCCCAAGCCCAAAAUUAUCUGGCUGAAAAACCAGACGGAGAUUCGGGAAGACCCCAAGUACAUCGCAGUGAUCAAUGAGGGGGUUUGCUCGCUGGAAAUCCGGAAACCCAGCCCCUUCGACGGCGGCGUGUACACCUGCAAAGCGGUCAAUCCCCUCGGGGAAGCCUCAGUGGACUGUAGGCUUGAUGUGAAAGUACCCCAGUGAGGGCUGUGUGGCGGAUCUGAUGAAGAACAAGACGGACGCUGCGGCUUGGAGUGAAGUUGCCACUGGGUAGCGUAGGCAGCAGAAAUGCAGCGGACCGUGAAGCCUGCUGGCUUUGGCCCUGUCCCCAGAUCUGUCAACGUCUUCAGCUCUGUCCCCCUCUGAAGCAACGUCCUGUGGUGGCAGCCCUGCCCCAGUGCUACAGUCCCCCAACGUGCCUUUCGCUGUGACAAUAAAAAGAUUCCCACGGAGCGUG